CCUGCAGAGAUAGUGCAAAAAGUACGUAAUGGUCAACGUCCAUAUUUCCGACCAUCCGUGGACACAAGCUGUCACAGUGAAGAACUUGGGGUUCUGAUGGAGCGUUGCUGGGCUGAGGAGCCGUUGGAGCGGCCAGAUUUUAACCAGGUCAAUGCAUACAUUUGCAAGUUCAACAAGUGAGGACCAUUCUUUAUCCUUUGUAGAAUCUUUGGGGCAGCAGAGACGUGAGAGAGGUAUAAAGUUGUUAUUAAAACUUGUUUUUCACAGAGAAGGAAGAACCAGCAUACUUGAUAAUCUACUGUCCCGUAUGGAGCAAUAUGCAAAUAACCUGGAGAAACUAGUGGAGGAGCGAACGCAGGCAUAUCUAGAGGAAAAACGCAAGGCGGAGAAUCUGCUGUACCAGAUCUUACCACAGUGAGUAUACCAUACAAUCUGCACACAAUGAGAGAUAAGGGUGUCUUGAGGAAGUUGGGGGUGGGGGACAGCGCACACAGGACAGGAGUGUGGGUUCUAUAGGUAUAAAGUCAAUUCGCCUGUAGAGGGGUAGGGUCAGGGCAUAGGGAGGUAGGGGUUGGGGCACGACACCAGGGGUUGGGGUGGGGGCAGAAAUGGGUAGGAUACAGGGAGGGUAUGUGUAACGGCACCCCCAGGCAUAAAAGGGGUUAAAAGCCGUUUAGGAGAUCUUCCCCUUCCAGAGACACAGGCACAGCUACUGCAGAACACCAAUCCGCCGAACAGGAAACCAUAUGAAUGCCAUAAACAGCAGAAUAGGAAAAACCAUACGAAUAGGUUUACACUCCUAGCAGUCGAACUGGAACAGCAUACAAUAAAUCCCCCCAAGAACGAGACAAAGCUCUGUGUUGAGGGUCAAGCAGUGAACAGACAGAGCUGUGGGUUUAUCUUUCUUAUAUACACAUUAGUACCACCCACAGGGUUUUGGAAAACAACCAAUAAACACAUACAAUACACUCAGACACUCCCACACAAAAUCCUCCCCUCUGCCUGUGAUUCAAUUACCUUACACAAUGGGUAAUGUAAUUAUAACAAGCAGAGAAAUACAAUUUUUCCACAUUAUUCAUAACUUGAAAAAUAUGCAUCACAUUCACAUUAUCCAAAAUCAUCCAAAUUUGUCCAGUGGUUCACAAGAUAGAUCGUAGUCCUUUGUGACCAAAGGAAGCAUGGCUUUUCUGCCCAAAACCAGUUCCACCGAGUCUUCUAUCCUGGAGAUAAUUGGGAAGUAAUCCAAUUAUCUCCAAGGACAGAGGCAAAACUCCAUUGAACACAUGGCAGCAAAAGACAAUAAAACACAUAAAAACAUAUAACUGUCAACUAUUGCACAAAACAGGUACAUUUAACAUAUCCCCAGAUAGCUCAGAUCUGAGCGCACAUUAUUACUGAAUGGCGCUCAGAGCACACACAUACAGUUCAAUUGCCAUGGAGCCAAAGUCUUUCCCAUAGUCUUUCAUUAUAUGAAUGGGCUCCAUGGCAUAGCUAUCUGGGGUAUCACCGCUCAAACAGGGCAAGCACCGAAUGACCCGGCUUUCAUCUCUUCACAGGGGAAAAGCAAGCGUUUCAACAUGGGGCCAUAGUCCAAAGGUAACAGGCGAGCAACCAGGCUUCUCCAAUGCAAUGUGGCGAGAUUGGUCUUGUCACAGUAUGAAUGGGUCAGGGUGCAGGGAGGUAGGAGUGGGGGCAAGACACAGGGCAUAGGGGUUUGGGCAGGACAUAGGGGGUAGAAAUGGGUAGGAUACAGGGAGGGUAUGGAUGGGUCAGGGUACAGGGAGGUAGGAGUGGGGGGCAGGACACGGGGUAGGAAUGGGUAGGAUACAGGGAGGUAGGGGUGGGGGCAGGACACAGGUGGUAGGAAUGGGCAGGACACAGGUGGUAGGAAUGCGAAGGAUACAGUUGGUAGGGGUGGGGACAAGACACAGGUGGUAGGAAUAGGGAGAAGCAGCAGAAGUCCACAAUUAGCUCUGUGUGUUUUAUUCAGUUCUGUUGCAGAGCAGUUGAAAAGGGGGGAGACGGUCCAAGCGGAAGCAUUUGACAGUGUUACCAUUUACUUCAGUGACAUUGUAGGGUUCACAUCAAUGUCUGCGGAGAGCACCCCAAUGCAGGUAAUAUCACAACCAUUCCUUAUUUAUCCUUAUUGUUUGUGUAACAAAGCCCGGAUCAACAUGCGCACUCCUAGACUUACCACGCAGACUGUCUCAGGAUAUAGAAAAGAUUAGAUUUACUUUAGAGUACUCGGCCGGGACAGCGCAGUCUCAUAAUUGUCACACUCAGAUCAGCUGCAAAAUAUAUUUCAUUUAUUAUUUAAUUUCACCAGAUAAUAUCUGUCUAUCAGCAAGGUUUACCAUUAAUUCAGCCAAAAAACUCCCAUAGUAUGCUUGCUAACUCCACAUACUGACCCCCCAUAGUGUGCUCUCUGACCCCCCCAUAGCAUGCUCUCUGACCUCCCAUAGCGUGUUCUCUGACACCCCAUAGCGUACUCUACCAUAGUGUGCUCUCUAAACCCCCAUAGUAUUCUCUCUGACACCCGCAUAUUGUGCACUCUGACCCCCCGUAGCAUGCACUCUGACCCCCAGUAGCGUGCUCUCUGACCCCCCAGUACAGUGCUAUCUGACCCCCAGUAGCAUGCUGUCUGACUCCCAGUAGCAUGCUCUCUGACUCACCGUAGCGUGCUCUCUGACACCCGCAUAUUGUGCACUCUGACCCCCCGUAGCAUGCACUCUGACCCCCAGUAGCGUGCUCUCUGACCCCCCAGUACAGUGCUAUCUGACCCCCAGUAGCAUGCUGUCUGACUCCCAGUAGCAUGCUCUCUGACUCACCGUAGCGUGCUCUCUGACCCCCGGUAGCGUGCUCUCUGACUCCCAGAAUGAUGCACUCAUUUCAUGUUGGUGGAUACACAAAUAAUUAUUUCUCUUGUUUAUGAAUAUAAUUGCAGUGUAUUGCACAGUGCUGGGUACACUGAGUGAUAAAUACGGAUUAUCUGUAAGGUCUUCCUCUCUUUACAGGUGGUUACGUUACUCAAUGAUCUCUAUACCUGCUUUGAUGCCAUCAUAGAUAACUUUGAUGUUUACAAGGUAAGUAGGACAUCAGCUGGGCACCAUGCAAACAGCAGAAUAAUUAUUUCUGAAUACAAUAAUACGCGUGUUCUCCGAGAUACUGUGUAUCUGUUUUAUAUUGUCAUAAUAUAGUGUGUCCCUGUUACACUGUGAAUGUUGCUUAUACUGAGAAGGAGAGAUUCGUCCAUUAAAUCCCUCGGACACACUGUAUUGGUGAGCCCUCCAUUUAUACCACCACAAAGACCAUUAUAAGACUCUAGGGUCUCAAUAUCAUUGUUUUGAAUAAGAAUCAGAAAUUAUCCCUGUACCCCGGCUGGGUACUUCUGCCAAGCUCGCUUCCUAGCUGGAACCAGGACACCUGAAGCACUUUAGCCCCAGCUUGACUGGGGUCCUCCUAGAGCUUUUGCACCCAACCAGGCUGCUGCUCUCCUUCUAGGCAAGUAUCGUCCUCUCCGCUGCAGUCUUUCUUCCAGGCAGGUAUCGUCCUCUCCGCUGCAGUCUUUCUUCCAGGCAGGUAUUGUCCUCUCCGCUGCCGUCUUUCUUCCAGGCAGGUAUCGUUUGCUCUGCUCACAGUGAUUAUAGUUAUUGCAGCUCUCAGGCUUAGCUCUCUUGCUUUAUCCCAGGGCUAGAGGGAUCAUAUUGCCAGCCAACAGGUCCAAAAACUGUCACUGAGAUUCCUAAAUAUUCCCACAGAACACCCACCUUCAAAUGGAACUAUAUUUUUCUUGGGAGUAGCCCAUAUGAUCAUUACAUUUAUAUUGCUGUGACAAACAUAAUAAAAUUAAAAUAACCAAAACUUGUCAGAAAGCAUACAGAGAAUUAUAAUAACACAAUAACAUAUCUACAAAGGGUUAGGGAAGUCAAUAAUCAACACAAAAUAGCUCUCAAUAAUCUCAAAAUAAUCUACCCUAAUAUGCAAUGCUAAUUAGCAAGCCUUGCCAUUCAGGUAGUGCAUACAGCAGUUGCUAGAUCCUUGCAACCAACAGGUGGCGCUGUACAAGCUCCACAAUCAAAUCCACCUAGUUGAUUGCAAGCAAUAGCAAGACAGGAGAGCACACUAACAUUUAACAUUAAACAAUUACAUUGCACAAACCCUGCACCCACAAUUGGUACAGGGUGACUUAAACAUAGGAGUCAUCCAGGGAUCUAAUUAAAGUGUUCAUCAUAUUCUCCAAGUGAAGGAGAUUUCUAAACUUUUGAAAUUAUUUAUCUACAAAAAUCCCCAUAUAGACAUUUGUUAGAAUUUUUCAAAUGAUUUAUCUACAGAUUGUUUGUAAUUGUCUCAUUUAUUGUUAAAUGUCCCCUUUGUGAAGCGCUGCGGAGUACAUAGGAGCUAUAAAUGCCAAUAAUAAUAGUAAUGUAGGCACACACUUUUGGAAACCCUCCCUCUAAAUACAAACCCUAUAAUAUUUUUUUCUAGGGUUUUUCGAUUUAAUUAUUAAUACAUAUAAUUGUAAUAAUAAUAAUGACUCAGGUAUAGUUAUCCAUGUAAGUGUGUGAAAUAAUUAAAAGAAAUGCUGGCCAUUAAAUGCAGUAAAUCUUUAAUUAUGGGUGUAAAUGUUUGUGUUUCAUUUUAUGUUUACCUGUAUAGGAGUGUGUGCGUGUGUACAUAAGAGAAUGACUCAGUGAAUGAGUAUAUAUCUGUGUGUCAGUGUGUUUGUAGUAGAAUGUUAGUGUGUGUCAGUGUGUCUGUAGUAGAAUGUCAGUUUGUGUGUAUCAAUGUGUGUGCGUAGUAGACUAUCAGAGUGUGUGUCAGUAUGUGUGUCAGUGUUCAUGUGUUAUUGUGUAUGUGUUUGUCAAUGUAUGUAUAUAGUAGAAUGUCAGUUUGUGUGUAUCAAUGUGUGUGCAUAGUAGAAUAUCAGUGUGUGUGUCAGUAUGUGUGUGCAGUAGAAUGUCAGGUAUGUGUCACUGUCUGUGUCAGUGUUCAUGUGUCUUUGUUUAUGUGUGUGUAAAUGUAUGUAUAUAGUAGAAUGUCAGUUUGUGUGUAUCAAUGUGUGUGCAUAGUAGAAUAUCAGUGUGUGUGUCAGUAUGUGUGUCAGUGUUCAUGUGUUAUUGUGUAUGUGUGUGUCAAUGUAUGUAUAUUGUAGAAUGUCAGUUUGUGUGUAUCAAUGUGUGUGCAUAGUAGAAUAUCAGUGUGUGUGCAGGGCCGGUGCAAGGAUUUUUGCCGCCCUAGGCAAAAGUAAAGUUUGACGCCCCCCUCCUCCCCCCCGUGACAUCGCAAUGCCCCACCCAUAUGACCUGCCAUGUUAACUAACGCUAGUGCUGCAGUGCCGCUGUGUUUACAUUAAAAGGCCUGCAGGGACAGGCUAUGGAUACCAGGACCACUACAUUAAGGUGCAGUGGUUCUGGGGACUAUAGUGUUUCUUUUAAUGUGAGGUACUAGAGAUUAGUGCCACUUAAUAAUAUACUAGAUUGCCUACUUACAAGCAGAUGAGGAUGAUGAUGGGCCUUGAAGCUGCAGUCUGGCUCCACUGGGUCUGGGUGUAUAACAGGAUCUCUGAGUGCUGUUUGUAACUGUGGUCACACAAAUCAAUGUUCUGGGAGAACGAGAAGUAGUUCCAUUUUUGGGGCCUUUACACAGCUCAAGGUCUGGGUCCCAGGGUCCACCUUCAUGUUCCACCAAUGAGUUUGUUCACAGGGGGUGGAGUGUGUAGGGGAUGUCCUGAUGUGUGUAAGGAAUGCAUUGUGUGAAUCUGUGUUUGUAUGUGUAAGGGCUGCGAGGUGUGUUUGUGUAUGUAUGGGAUGCAUUGUGUGAGUCUGUAAGGGAUGCAUUGAGUGUGUGUAAUGAAUGCAUUGUGUGUUCCUGUGUGUGUAAGGGAUGCAUUGCUUGUGCAUGUGUGUCUGUGUGUGUGUAAUACAUUGUGUGUUUUUCUGUGUGCAAGGGGUGCAUUGUGUGUGAUUGUGUGUAUGUGAUGGAUGUCAAUUUCCUUCUCCCCCCGUCAAUUUCCUCCCCCCCCUCCAAUUUCCUUCUCCCUCCCUCUCCAAUUUCCUUCUCUCCACCCCUCUCCAAUUUCAUUCUUCUCCCCUGCUCUCCAAUUUCCUUCUUCUCCCCCGCUCUCCAAUUUCCUUCAUCUCCCCCCUCCAGUUUCCUUCUUCUCCCCCCUCUCCAAUUUCCUUCUUCUCCCCCCUCUCCAAUUUCCUUCAUCUCCCCCCCUCAGUUUCCUUCUUCUCCCCACUCUCAGUUCCUUCUUGUCCCCCCUCUCAGUGCCUUCUCCUCCCCCCUCAAUUUCCUUUCCCCUCUACAGUUUCCUUCUUCUCCCCCCUCAAUUUCCUUCUUCUCCCCCUCUCAAAUUUCCUUCUCCCCCCCUCUCCAAUUUCCUUCUCCCCCCCUCUCCAAUUCCUUCUUCCCCUCAAUUUCCUUCCUCCCCCCUCAUCCCAAUUCCUUCUUCUCUUCCCUCUCAAUUUCCUUCUUCUCCCCCCCUCCUCCAGUUUCCUUCUCCUCCCCCCCCUCUCAAUUUCCUUCUUCUCCCCCCUCUCCAAUUUCCUUCUCCUCCCUCCUCCAGUUCCUUCUUCUCCCCUCUUUCCAAUUUCCUUCUUCUCCCCCCUCUCCAAUUUCCUUCAUCUCCCCAUCAGUUCUUCUUCUUCCCCCCCUCCAAUUUCCUUCUUCUCCCCCUCCCUCCCUCUCUCCAAUUUAGUUCUUCUCCCCCUCUCUCCAAUUUCAUUCUUCUCCUCCCUCUCCAAUUUCCUUCUUCUUCCCCUCCCCCUCCCUCUCCAAUUUCCUUUUUCUCCCCCUCCCUCUCCAAUUUCCUUCUCCCCCUCCCUCUCAUUGCCUUCUCCCCCCCUCCAAUUUCCUUCUUCUCCCCCCUCUUCAAUUUCCUUCUCUCCCCCCCUCUCAAUUUCCUUCUCCCCGUCCAAUUUCCUUCUCUCCCCUCUUCAAUUUCCUUCUCUCCCUCCUCUCCAAUUUCCUUCUUCCCCCCUUCCAAUUUCUUUACCCCCCCCACCUCUGUAGUAGCGUGGCCGAGCUCUGUAUGGUCCGUGGGUACAGGGAGCUUUUGUUUCCUGUACACGGCUGGACUAAAAGGAAGUGCACACUGAGUGUGUACUUCCUGUUAGUCCGGCCGGGUACAGGAGACAGAUGCUCCCUGUACCCGUGGACCAUACAGAGCUCGGCCACGCUACAUUGAGGGAGCUGACAGGAGGGAGCGCUGAGCACUUCCCUCCUGUCAGCCCCUCUCCUCAUGCUGCACCUGGGUGGUGCGGUCCGCCCUCAUGGACGCACCAUCCCAGGCAAAGCUGCAGCCGCCUGAGGCUCUCUACAGAGCGCUCGGGCGGCUGCAGCAUGAGGGGGGCCGGCGCUCCUGGCGGCACCCCUUCCCAAGGGGCGCCCUAGGCAGCUGCCUAGUCUGCCUAACAGGUAGCGCUGGCCCUGAGUGUAAUAAGUCUUAAAUAAAGUGCAAUUAGUGCUGAUAAGUGUGAACAGUGUAGUUAUUAAUGUAUAGUUAACACCUACCUAAAUGGCAAAUUAACUAAAGUGUUAUAAUUAUAUAAUGCAGAAAUAGAUGUGAAUGCAGGUAUAUACUUGUACAAAGUGCAAAGUGCAUUUUAAUGAUACAAAUUAGAAAUUGUUAGGCAGGGGCAGGUAAGGGAAAAGCAUAUAUAAAAAUAGAUACUAGAGAAUGAAGAGACAGUUAUAGUUUGAGCAAAAAAGUUCAAAAAGACCAUUCAAGAGAAUUGAGAUCAAAAAUUAAAAUCAAAACUUAAAAACACUUGCUACAAGUGACUUAUAUGAAUGAAUGAUAUGAAAUAAUUUCAUUCAGUCCUUUAGGGGCUAUGGUAUCCAAUAUAUAAAUCCAAAAUGUCUCUCGAUUUAGGAGAAGUUUGUUUCUGUCACCACCAAGUUGUGGCCGUUGUAUGUGAUCUAUAGCCACAAACUUAAGUGCUGAAAGUGGAUGUUGAAGGGCGACAAAAUGCUUGGCAACUGGUUGAUCAGAGGUUCCACCACGGUAGACCACACGUAUGCUCGAUUUGUGGCCCCUGAUCCUCUCACAUAAAGGUGUCUCGGUUUUACUGAUAUAUGAGAGUCCACAGGGGCAAGACCGUUUAUAGACCACAUAAGGAGUCUAGCAAGUAAUGGUAUAACAUAUCUGAAAAGACUUGUUCCUAUGUGGGUGCUGAAAGGUACGGGAUGGGGUCACAAUCCAAACAAUGAAUGCUCCCCCGAUUUUGUGCUUCGGUAUUUUUUUCAUAGCUUUUUGUCGGAUCAGUAUCCCUUAGAUUUUUAUUUCUUCGAUAGCAAAUGAGGGGGGUUCUUUAAACACUUUGGGGAGUGUGUCAUCACAUGCCACCAUCUUUCAGUUGUCCUUGAUCAUUUUGGAAAUCACUGGGGACGCAUCGUGGAAAUUUACAGGAAAGACUAACCUUGGGAUUUCUUUAUCCACUCUAGUCGAGCAGGCAGAUUUGCCUCUUCUCGUGCUCUAAGUCAUCGGUAGCCACGUUCAAGGAAUCUCUCCAUCAUAUCCCCCAGUUGUUCCUCCAUUAUAUUUACAUCCGAGUUGUUGCGGAUCACUCUCAAGAAUUGAGCUUAAGGUAAUGAUCUUUUAAAUAUCAUAAUGAUAAUAAUAAUGCCUCUGGGUGUGCGCUUGUAUUAUGCAAGAUGGUAUUGCGAUCCGUAGAUUUCUUGUAGAGACAAUAUGCUAUCCCCUGUUCAUUAAUAGAAAUCUCCAAGUCCAAGAAUUGGACAGAUGUGGAGUUAAUAUUCGAUUUGAAUCUUAUAGGACUUUCCACUUGGUUUAGGAAUUGUACCAUUUCCGUAGCCUCCGUUAUGCUGCCACCCCAGAAUAUCAGCAAGUCGUCAAUGUACCUAAAGUAGCCUUGAAUGUACUGGCCAUACUUAGAUAG